AUGGGUUGCGGCUUGUCGCGGCCUUGGAGGCGCCGGCCUCGGGAGGCGUCGGUUCAAAGCAUCCGACCGCUGCCCGAAUCGAGCGACGGGGAGGAAGAGGAGACGCCGCUGCUCCUGGCCGUGAGAGAAGAGCUGUGCGACAAGGCGGCCGAUGAACCGGAAAUCCACGGCAGAUCUGCCAUUUGCCCAGCUGGUUCCGGGGCUUUCGCCCUCAAAGUCUGUGGUUUGCUCGGCCUGGCACUGGCCAUUGUGGCCGCGGUGGUGUUGCGACGAGAACCGUUGGGCAAAGAGUUCCACAUCUUGCAUGCGAAAAUGGUGGAUUUGGGCAACCUGCGCAGGUUCGCCCCAGGGCCUUGCUUCACCGACCAGAUGCGGAAGAUCAUGGAGUGGGCAAUCCUGACGUGCGGUGAGCAUUGCACGCAGCUGUUGCUCUGUGCAAUGUUGCUGUUGGCUCUGUUUCGGUUGAAAAAGUGCAGCGAAAGUGUUGCAGAGUUUGUUGUCCGAAGAUUUGCAGGUGAGGACCUGGACCAAGUUGAAAUUGAAAGAUUUUUUGCAAAAGCUGAAGUGGCUCAAAUGGGUUUGCUGUGGAUGGCCGACAUGCUGUCGGAUGUGUACGUGACCUACAAAUAUUGCAAGCAGAAGAUGUAUGUUUUUGCUCUUCUGAUGAUCUUGAUUUGGCUUGGCAGCGGAUGCGUAGCUUUUGGCCACAGAUAUGUGAGCUGGGAACGGUGCAGACCUGACGCCAACAUUGACUAUUGGGCCUCAGGCUUGAACAAGCAUGGUGAACCAAAGCCUGAUUUCAAGAGCUUCGUGCUGUACGUUGCACAGAUCCAGCCUGUUGUCAUGGCUUGGGACGGUUGGCUUCAUGGCAUGACUCGACACCUGCGUGAGGAGAAGAUGUUGGGUCCUGCGCUUUCAAUGACCCCUGGGCAGGGUCCUUCUAUGUCACAACCUUGCUCUAUGUCCAAGUCUUUGAAGAGACGAUCGGGCACAGCAGGGCUUUCAUCGGCAGCGGUGACUUCAGCGCUGGGCGAGCAAGCAGCGGGCGCGGCGGUUCCUUCUGCAGCGAGCAUAGGGCCUGCAGCUGUGGUGGCAUCAGCGGCUGCGGCUGAGCGUGGAGUCGCUGGGGAAAAGCCCGAAAGCGAAAUUCAAAAUCCAUGGAACAGAUUUCAGCGGCAGAACCGACAGAAGGGUUGGUCACCCGUAGAAGAGGUGUCCAAGCAAGGUUGGCAGAGCUGGCGCGGGAACCAUGUAUGCAGUCUUUGCUGCUUCACGGGCGCACUGAGGGAUCUACAGCAGGACAAAGCCCUAGUCAUAAGUUAUGAAAAGGGCAAGGUCCUGCUGGAUCACCUUCCAUGGCACGGGCCGGUCACUGUCACUGCACCCUCUGGUUCUUCUGAUCGGGCUGCUGAGUUGUUGGGCUACAUCUCGCUGUUCCCUGGACCGUCCAGCUCUGCUCGCUCGGAUCGUUCUUUUGAGUUGGUUUCCUCUGCUGGCAAGGACCGGAUCCUUCGUGCCUGGCUGGCUGGGCAGUGGGCUGGUGCUGUUCGUGCUAAGCGGGUUGGCAGUCCCAAUCGAACACCCUGCAUUGAUCUCCGUCCCAGGUACUACGCUGUCCUUCAGGCUCCUGGACUUGUCAGAGCCACCAUUUUCAAGUCAAGUGCUGGGUACUGGGGUUGCAUCGGUUCCUUGGAAGGAAGCUCAGCCAUCAGCCAGAGCUUUCCCAGUGAGAUUGAAGCCCGUAUCUACCUUGAGUCAGCAGGUUCUGUGUUGGACAAUGGCGCCCUCACUCCUACCGGGUCGCCACUGGCCGUGCUGGUAGUGGAUUUUUCCGAAGCCAUCCUGCCUCAGCUCAAGAUGCUUCCUUCAUUUUCAAAUCUGCAUUUCACCUUCGACCAGGAUCAGCCUUAUGCAGUUCCUUCUCCAGAAGACUUGUUGGCCAAGGUUCGGGAGUGGUUGGAAGGUGGAGGGGAAAGCACAGCUUUGGGGUAUGUCACAGCCGAACAAGGGGGGGAUCUGGAUGGGGAGGCCCUCACAGACGCAGAGCUUCAGGCGGCCGGGGAUCUUCUAGAUGCUCAGACCCAAUCUACUCCUCCUCCAACUCCAAAGCCCAAAAGUCAAAAACCACAGUGCCUGGUCCCGCACGGCCUACAGGGCCCGAAAAGCGACCAACGGUGUCUUCUCUUGCAGGUCAACACUGGACUUUCCCAACAGGUGCAGUCUCUGGCAUUGAGGCAACAACAGCUAGAGAAGCGUGUUUUGGCGCCCACUCACCAAUUGGCUACUCCUCAGAUGUUGUUGAGCCAGCCUAUCUCCACUGCACUGAGCCAGCAUACCUUGCAGGGUUCCCAGGUAGCAAAAGCAAUUGGUACUCCCCCGCGCACUGCUGCUCACUCAGCCCCGGGUCUGUUGAAGUCUCCAAUGUUUCAGCCCCAGGAACUGGCAGAAUUGGAGGAGGAGAAAUUGGCGCAAAACCCAUCUACCUCUCAAGAGCCACUUGCUCAAGCGGUCCUUGCUCAGUCCAAAGUACUCACGGCUUUAGUCUCCCAGAUAGCAUCUCAGGGUGCAGACCCAAUGUUGGAAUUUGGGACAGGGUCUUUUGGGGGGGGAACCAGGGGUGCACAGGGGCGGGCAAAGCUUCAAGCGGAGCUAGCAGCACAGAGGGGAACUUUCUUUUCGGCUGUCUUGGGCAGUAUGGCCCGACGCAUGCACCCAGCUUUGCCAGUGGAAGGUUCUCCAGAAGAGAUGAUGCAGAGAGGGAUAUCAGGCACCCGAUAUCUAGAGAGAUUCGGGGGGUUUGGGAAACACAGAGAGCUUGGGUGCCUCCAACAUCAGGUGAUGACCAUCAUGGAUUUUCUCCAGGUUGGAAAUCUACUUGCCGCUCGGGAUGCAACAGCUCUUUUAGCGGUGACACUGGAUCAGGCGGCACUGGACAAUGGCAGGUUCGACUUAGCAAAUUUGUUGUGCCUUCAGGAGGACCCACCGUCCUCGGUUUUCACCCACAAGCCGGCGAAUGUUUUGUCGCGAGCCAGAGCUUUCACACCCUUGGCAUCCCAACAAUGGCACCGCCGAGAAUCCCAGACCAAAGGGAGCCCCAAAGAAGAAAGGCAAGGGUUCGGGCAGAGGCGCUGGAGGAAGUCAUCAACAGGAGGAGGAGGACUAGCUGGAGGUCAAAACGGCUUGCAUGGUACAGAGGGUGAUAGGGGGCCGGAGCCAAACCCCUUGAUCUCAACAGUUUCAUUCCAACGUUGGUCUGCUGCAUUGCCCCGUUGGAUUUUGAAGACACGCGCAAAGUUUGCUUUUUGUCUUGCAAAGACCUUUUCCAUCUUGCGCCGUUCUGAAGAAACGGCUUCCACACUUUUUCCACUGCCGUUGCCCAGUUUGGAUUGCUUUCGUAGCAGUGGCCCUGGUCUGUCACGUCGGAGGUUCCAGUCUUUGUGCAAGAGCCGCUUGUUGAACAUUUGGGUGCUUGUCUUGGACUUUCUCUACUUAGGUAGGUGGCCGAGUGUUGAUGAACUCAGGAGAUGUCCUUCCCAGCAGCAGGUCGCAGUUUUUGAGCGGCUUAGGACAUUUGCAAGUGUGUGUGGUGAUGCCCAGGAAGAGUUUUCUCUUUGCCCCGGCAGAUCCAGUCCUGAAUUAGGCAGUGCACUUUUCCAGCUUGAGUCGUUUCGCCGUUCCUGUCAUGACUUGAAGAUCUUGAAGUCUGGAUACAUGGAGAAUGAAUGGACUCCUUUCACGCCCGGCACAAAGCUGUUGCCUGUUGAGUCUUUUCCUGAGUUGCAGCCCUAUAGGUCUCUUGAUGCAGGUCGUCUCCGUUUGGUUGGUGAAGGGGCUUGGCCGAUGGAAUCCUAUCUUGAUGGACCCUUGUGGCUCCCUUUUCAGGAGCCUGCGUUUUUGCUGCAUGGUUUGCCGGUCUCCGAAGACUGUGUGCCCAACUUUGCUGCCGAGGACCCUGAUGAAUGUUUGAAGCUUGCAAAACUUUGGGAUUCUCGUGGACUUUUGUCGUUGUUCCCUGAGCCUAUUGCACCUGGACUCUUUUCCCGAGUUUUCAAUUGCUUUAAGGAUCGUGAGAAGGACCGACAGAUUGGUGACAGAAGACUUCCAAAUAUGUCUGAGUUUCACAUCAAUGGUCCAUCAAAGCAGCUUCCACAGGGCCAGCAGUUGACCUGUAUCAGGGUUCCUAGGUUCACUCAUGCCAUUACAGGAUCUGUCACAGAUAGACGGGAUUUCUACCAUCAAGCGCAAGUCACCCCUGAACGAGCUAGGAGUAACAUGCUUCCUUUUUCAUAUGCGCCUGAGACUUUUGCAGGUACCAAAGCCUUGGAUGAUUUUUGUGCCUUGGCUCGACAAUCCAAAAAUCUGAGCAGAGAGAUCGAGAUUGGGAUACAUCAGCUUACCAGAUCAGUUGCCCAGGAACUUGUGUUGCUUUCUGCAGUCGCCCCCUUGAUUUUCACCAAUGUUGCAGUUGAAUACCUUGACGAGAUAUAUGCCACAGAUGCUUCGAAUCGAAAAGGGGCCGUUGUUUCCGCCUCAGUUGGCUCUGAGCUUCAGGAAUCGGUUUGGCUGAAUGCUGACAAGCAAGGGUCUUAUACCCACCUUGACAAUGGAUUUCGUGCAAUGUUGCGUCAUCUUGGUGAGGUUGAUGAUGACCUUGAUCGUGCUUGUCCUUUCCCGGAAGUUGAACCAAUUAGGAAACAGCCCUUGCUUUAUUUUGAUUUUGUUGAAAUCUGUGGGGGAGCUGGAAAGGUUUCUGCUGCUCUGGCGCGGCUUGGUAGAUCUGUGGCCCCUGUUCUUGACCUGUCCAAUAGUAGGCACUACGACCUGACCUGCCUCCGUUUGACCGAGUGGAUCAUUUACAUGAUUGAGGAAAAUCGGUUCCGCAGCUUCUUCAUUGCUCCUCCUUGCACAUCAUUCAGCCCGGCAGCUCACCCUGCUGUCAGGAGCUACAAAGAGCCUUUGGGGUUCAGCCGUCUUGACCCAAAGACCCUGCUUGGCAAUGUUUUGGCUUUUAGGACCCUUCUUUUGCUGCGUGUUGGCAGACGGUGUCGUCGACCAUGUGGUGCAGAACAGAGCAGACUUAGUAAGAUGUGCUGGUUGGAUUUGUGGAGAGCCUUGUUGGACCUUGGGUUUGAAGAAGCCAUCAUCGCAUCUUGCGUUUUUGGAUCACCUCACCGAAAAGAAUUCAGGUUGCUCUGUUUCUUGCUUGAUAUAAAAUUUUUGGAUCGACGAUGUCCGGGGGGCCACUCUCAUGUCCGUGUGCAAGGAUCCUUGACGAAGCCUUCAGCAAUUUAUGUUGAUGGUUUGGCUGACCAUAUUGGACUUGCCUUCCAUGAUGCCCUCUUGUGCAUUGAUGCCAGUGAUAGACUUGAAGCGUCCACUGAUGGUCUUGAGUCCGUCCUUGCAAAUGAUGUGAUGCUCUCGUCAAAGUGGCACCUUGUCCGUACUUGGUUUUGGAAGAAGGUUGCACACAUAAAUGUCCUUGAGCUUGCGUCGGCUGUCUCCAGUCUGGGCUCCGUUGCUCAAAAGAAAGCUUCUGUCAGGUUUUCCACUUUUCUGGAUUCUGCUGUCUGCAGAGGAGCCUUAGCCAAAGGCCGUUCUGCUUCCUACGCUUUGCAACCUGGUCUGAAGCGAGCUUGUGUUUGGUGUGUCUGUUUUGAUCUUUACCCUGCAUGGCCGUACACGCCUACAAGACUCAACACUGCUGAUGACCCAACCAGGGAUGUGGACUUGCGUGAACCCGUGCCUUUGUCCAUCACGAAUUUUGCAUCUUCUAGGGCUCUGGACUCUGUCGCUCUCAACUUGCGUCGUUUCGCUGCCAAUUGGGCUCGUCUCUGUCUCUUGGUUCUCCUUGUUCAGCCUGCCUCUGCUGCCUUUGUUGGUGCAUCCGAGCAACUGUCCAUUGCUGCUUGGUCCCUUCCUUGGAUCUUCGUUUUUGCCUUUUGUUCCUGCUUGGCCUCUGUCUUUGGGCAUUGGAUUUUUCCUGAGUGGGUUAAGCGCAAAACUAAAUAUUCCUAUGGGGCCCCUAAGCUUUACCCCUUCCGUCGUCCGGUCCGGGUAGCCAUGGUAUUACUGCUCUUGCUGCCUUUUGUUUCAGCGAUGCACAUGGCACCACAGACAGAGGUUGAACGUCAGAGAUGCCAAAAGCGUGAUGGGAUUCUUUUGGCUGCUACAAGAGCCAUAAAGAAACAGACAAGAGAUAGGCGCAAAGUUUAUUUGGAUUGGUUCAGGAAGUGGCUUUGGGAAGAACGACAGUUGUCUUUCCAAUUUGCAGUAGUGAUCGAGCAUGCGAUUUCUUUCCUCGACACCUGCAUUCCUCCAAAGACUUGGUUUUCACUCCUCAAAGGUGCUGCAGAGAUUCCUCCGGAGAAUGUCGAAAAAGAUGGAAGCUGUGGUGGCAGAUCUAAGGCCAAAGAGACAACUUUUUGGCAUUGGCAUGAUGCAUUCCCUAGCAAGAUGGAAAAAGAGCAAGGGCGAGCACCUUUGGUGGCAGAUCUAAGGCCAAAGAGCCAACUUUUUGGCAUUGGCAUGAUGCAUUCCCUAGCAAGAUGUAAAAAGAGCAAGGGCGAGGUUCCUGAAUAA